AUGACUACCGUCUCGACAGGGUCCAGUUUUUCGGCUCCUUACAGAAAUUCUACCACAGUAACUCCUUUGACUACUAUCUCAUCAACUCCAUUGUCAUCCUUACCAUCUUUCCAAACAUCAACAACGAGUACUUCUGAGGUGACCAUAUCAUCCGAGUCCAGCGUUUUGAGCUCGAUGAAGACAGAUUCUAGUUUCACAACGCCAGAAACCACUAGUACAGUUGGUACCACUACAACAUCAACGACUAGUACAUAUGAGGUGACCAUACCUUCCGAGUCCAGCGUUUUGAGCUCAAUGAAGACGGACUCUAGUUAUACAACACCAGAAACUACCAGUACAGUUGGUUCCACUACAACAUCAACGACCAGUACAUAUGAGGUGACCAUACCUUCCGAGUCUAGCACUUUGAGUUCGAUGGGAACCCCAUCUAGCUUUACAACACAAGAAAUCACCAGUUCAAUUGGCACUACUACAGCACCAAGAACUGUAACUUCAGAGGUAACCGUCGAGACCAUCACCACUGGUUAUACUACAACGACGACUGUUUUUAAUAAGACGUUCACUUCCGGUUCUGUAACAGUGACCACUAUCUUGACUGAAACCACUGUUGUUCCUUGCUCGUCUAGCACUUAUACCACAGUGGUUCCAUUGACUACUACACCAGCAUCUCCAACUUCCUCGUCCUUCCCAUCCGCUCAAACACCAACAACUGGAACUUUUGAGGUGACCGUACCUUCUGAGUCUAGCACUUUGAGCUCGUUGAAAACGGAAUUCAGCUUUACAACGCAAGAAACCAUCGGCACAGCAGGCACUACCUCGGUAACAGCACCUACUAGUGCAGGCCCUACUUUUGAAGCUUCAACCACCAGCGGUGCAAGCGCCACUACGUUGAACACUUAUACCAGAAACCCAGGCACUUCAGAGUCUGCCACAGGAACUUCGUCCGGCACCGGUCAAACUAACAGUGUUACUGUCAGUUAUUUCAACUCCUCUCCAAAGUCCUCCGUCGGUAACGGCUGGUUGAGUCUCUUUGCCGUUCUGUCAACGAUUUUCCUGUUCUAG